UUUGUAUUAGGCUUUCAUAUAAUAAUUUAUAUUGCUUGGGAUGGAUGGUUCAGAAAGUGAAGAAGAAUUUCUUAGUGCAGAUGAGGGUGAUGAUGAAGAAGAUAGCAUGGAAGAGCAUAGUGUUGUUAAACAUGCACUUAAUGAAGAGCCAAAAAAUGAUCUUUUAUGCACUUUUUCUGAUCAUGUAACAGUUAAUACAAACAAUAGUCUUCAACCUGAAAGUUCUUUAAACCUCGAAGAACAAAGUUCAAAUGCUAACUGUCCAAUUUUGUUGGAAACUGAACAAACUAUAGAUUUAUGCGAAGAGAACGAGACUAAAAUUGUAAUAGAAAAUAAAGAUUUGGAGAAAAGAGAUGCAGAUUGUAAUAAAAUUAUUGUUGAGAAACUUUUGUUAGAAAAUACAUGUAUGGAUUCAAAUCUGAAUAGUUUUAAUACUUAUAAUAAAACUCUUUUAUUGAGUAAAGAGGAUAAUGUUUCAAAUGAACAAAAAAGUAUAAACGCUAAUUUAGAAGAGCUCAGUCUAAAGUCUAAAAACCAAGAAGUGUUUUCAGAAUUUAUUGCUGCUAAUAUUGUCAAUGUUGCUAAUACUGAUACAAGCAAGGAAAUCGAAAAAGGUUCAGCUGAUAAUCUUGAACAAAUAAAAGAACAGGUAUGUCAAGAAAAAAUAAAUGAAUCAGUUGAUAUUUUUGAGUAUAAUUACGUAAGCAAACAGCCAUCUGAUGCGAUAAAAAGUAAUGUUGGAUGCAUUGAAAGUACGAAAAAGGAGUCAACUUCUGAAAUUCAAAUAAGUUCGUCUGAUUAUCUUGAACAAGUAAAUGAAGAGUUACAUGAAGAAAAAGCUAGUGAACAGUUACAUGAAGAAAAAUUUAGUGAUUCAAUUGAUGUUUUUGAGUAUAGUUCUGCAAAUAAACAGUCAUCUGAUGUAAUAAAAUCUAAUGAUAUAUGCAAUAAAAGUGAAUCAAGCAAAAUUGAACUAGCUUCAAAACAUGAAUCGUCGGAAGAUUGGGCAUGGGAUAGUUGGGCUGAAGAUAUUAUUCAGCAAGCCACUAAUAAAGUUUCAGUGCUUGUUGAAUCUUUAGAGGAUAAACUUGGAAUUCCAGACCCAGUAGAAAUGGCAAAGUUUAUCAAAGAAGAAUCUGAAAGUAAUUUUACUCUGGAUAAUUUAAAUUCAGUUAAAGAAAAUGCUAACUGCAUUAGCGAAAAGCCUCUUGAGACUAAUGCACCAAGUUCAGGUUUUUCUUCAUGGUUAUCUAGUCUCUACCCAAUUACAAGUAUUGUUCAAGCAACUGGUCAAGAUCUGGUUUCUGGAAGUAUUGGAGCAUUAGAGUUUAUUGGAAAAAAAACAGUGGACAUUUUAUCAGAUGGUGAUCCAGGUCUAAGAAGCGUUAGGCAAAAAUUUGAAAAAAAAACUUUAUCAAUGGUGCUGAAUGAUGCUAAACUAAAACAUGAAUUAAAUAACCAAGAACAAAAUCAAUUAACUAAAGAAAAUAAUGUUACAUUUGACAAUAUGUUUGAAAGAUAUCAAGGCUCUGCUCACCUAGAUGCUUUAGUAAUGCUGUCAAAUGAAUGUGAAAAAAAGUUACAGAGAAUUUUAACAAUGCAGUCAGAUGAAGUGAAGAAAGAGAGCUUGAAACUACUCAUUUCUAUAAAAGAAAAAUUUCAACUUGAGAAUGUUGACAAAUGCACAAAUGAAAUGGAUUUUAAGAAAGAUAUUAUAUCUCUGUCUAAAAAGUUAAACCUAAAAAUUACUUUUUCAAAGCUAUUAAACACAUGGCAGAAAUUAAAAGAUAAAAAAGAAGUUAUUGAUGCACAUAAAUCUGUUGAAGAAGUUAUUUCUGUAUUAGCUGAACUACUGUCUCGCUUUGUUGAGUAUUUUAGAAAAAUUGCUGAUUUGCUUAUUUUAACUGAUGUUAAAGCAAAAGCUUCUUCUGAAGAGCGUGCUGCCACAUUAAAGCAGCUUGCAGAAAUGUUCACUAAUGAAAUCUUAGGAUUUGCAAAUACUUAUGCUGAAGAAAUAGCUGCGAAUAAAAAUGGAUCUUCCGCUCUUCUUUCUGAUAUAUAUUUAGAGGCUUCAAACUGUGCAACAUUGUUGCAAAGUUCUUAUAAUUUAAUGCUACCAAUAUUGCAAUGUUCUGCUGUAAAAUAAUUUUGGGUUCAUAAAAUUUGAAUAAUAUAAUUUAAAAUAUUAAAAAAAAUUACAAAAGCAAA